GAGAAUUUCCUUUUUCCUAUCUUGGGCAAACUCCCACGUUUUCAGUAAAAAGAUGCUUCUUUUCCAGUUGUAGUAUUUUAUUCAAAAGACAGUGUGAAACUGAACACUUAAAAAGCAUUUUGCAAAACUGAGGGAAGCAAUAGUUGGACUUGGAUAAAAUUCUGAAUGCAAAAGCAGUUUGCUCAUAGAAAUACCUAAACUUGUUUAAUAUAAAUUAGGUAAGCAUUUGACUGCUCCUGACUGCUCAUUUUCCCUCCGUAGGCCAGUAACAUGGCAAUAAAGUCCUGGCGCCAAGAACCCCUGUUGCUAAGUAACGCUAUUAAACAAGAACAACAUUUACUAUCCCUGCUUGGUGGAGGGAGGCUGGGGAAAUAUUUGACACAUACAAACAAAGCAUUCCUGCGCUUUCCUCUUGACUUCACGGUCACCUUUUGUGAGGUGGGCUUGCCAGGCGCAUGUACUUUGACUUGCACAUGCUAACUGAAGCGGAGAUCAAGCUUUGUUGACAUGUAACAGAGCUGGUCUAACCGUGUGUGUCAGUUUUUGGGAGGCAAUUUUGCACAUUUUUUGACAAAAGAAGACAUUCCAGCCUGAUUGAUUCCAACUCUGAGUAAAGUAUGCUAACAUGCCGAAAAGGAAAGUAGCCAAAGUCAAUAAAGUCACUCUUAAGGUGGCCAAAAAAGCGAUACGUCUUACCCCAGAAGGACGACGGAGAGUUUGCCUCAGCCACAUUGGUAUUACCACAUUCCCCAAGUGUCUGCUCAAACUGACUAAUGCUGAUGAGCUGGAUCUCAGUCGCAACCAGAUACAAAAACUACCAGAAGACAUUGGGAUGUUCAAAGCACUCACGUGGCUGGAUCUACACAGCAACAAGCUUGAGGCUGUGCCUGAGUCCAUUGGCAAGUUGGUGGGACUAACCUACCUCAACCUGUCUAACAACCGCCUAACCUCAGCAACCUUACCCUUCACCCUGGGACGACUCUGUAACCUGAGGAGCAUCAACCUGGGAAUGAACCAGCUGGAUUCCCUGCCUCCCACUAUGGUGAACCUAGUCAAUCUCCAAGAGCUAGGCCUGUUUGAUAACCUCUUUGUCAAGCCCCCUGACUUUCUAAAAUUCAUGCAUAGCCUCACCAAGCUGAACAUGAAUCGGAAUCCCUUAUCGUAUGGCCAGGAGGACGCAAAGGAGGAGAAAAAGGAAGCGAUGUAUCUGGCCAGAGAGGGCAGCCUGUGCAAAAUGUGCCUGAAGAAAUGUAAGGAGAAAAUGCAAAAGAGCAGGAACGGAGGAGGAGAAGGAGAAGGAGUAGAAGGAGAUGCAUCUGAGAAGAAAAUGAUGAGAAACUAUUCAGGACUGAUUGUGCCAAACUCAGUGGCUAUGCUUAACCAGGAUGUGUGGAGAACAAGAAAAGUAGAAGAAAAAUAGAUAGUGCACAUGCGUCAUACAUAUGUAGCAAUUAGACAUCAAUGUUAGCAGGGUUUUGCAAAAAUGAAACUGAUUUUGUUGAAUCUUGGUAAAAAGGUGAACUGUGGACCAAACAAGAAACCGUUAAAGGUUUUGAGUGGAUCCUAUUACCUAAUAG